GUUACUGAACUGGCAGACGAUGAGAAAAAAGUAGAAAGCACCGAACUUCUUCUGAACCUGGUAAUGGAGAAGGAAGCUGGAGCCCGAAGGGUGAUGUGGAAAUCUUUUGUGAAAAUGCGCAAUGGUGUCCCGAAGUUGGACAAAAUAUUGGAAGAAAUAGAGCAAAGCGGUGCUGCUGUGGCACAUUAUACAAACAUCACAGAAGAGAUCUCAGAGAUACCCAGACACUUGAAGGAUGCUCAGGAACAACACAAGGAGAUGCUGAGACAGAGAAAUGAAACACUUGAUUUGAACACUAUUCUAAUCAAGGAGAAGGUUAGGAUUUCUCAGUUGAACGCACGGUACACUGAACUGACAAUAAUCUCUCCUGUUCGUCAUCGGAAGCUGGUGGAGCAUGAACUAAUUGCACGUGGCAAGGAUCAUGAAGAAUGGAGAGAGAUGCACCUUCGGAGGGAACUGGAAAAAAUCCGGAUUGAUCAAUUGUUCCGAAGUGGCUUUGCACAAGAAGUCUAUCAGCGCCAAACUAGAAAGGGACAGAUUGUACAAAUUCAUUCAGGUUGUUCCGUCGUUGUCAGUGGAGUCCCAGGAAUUGGGAAGACAACACUGUUACAAAAGAUAGUUUAUGACUGGGCCAGCGGGAACAUUUACCCACAUUUUCAAUUUGUCUUUAGUUUUAAAUUCCGUGAGUUGAAUGUUAUUAACUGGAAAGCAACUUUAAAAGAAAUGAUUCUGCUGUUCUAUCCUUAUUUGGAGAAAUGUCUGGAAGAUCUGUGGAAAAAUCCGGCCAGUUUGCUGUUUAUAUUUGACGGUUUAGAUGAAUUCAAGGAUAGCAUUGAAUUUCCUGACAGCCAGUCAGAUGCCACACCCCAGUCAAUAUGCAUGGACCCAGAGAUUCCCUGCAAAGUGUCUGACAUUGUCAGCAGUUUAAUACAGAAGAUGCUGCUUCCAGGGUGUUCAGUGUUAUUGACCACCCGUCCAAGUGAAUUGCAAUUAUUGGAAAAAGCUGACAUCAGUGUGUGGGCUGAGAUACUUGGAUUUGUUGGGGAAGAACGGAAAGAGUAUUUCCAAAAGUGCUUUGGAGAUCAGACGGUGGCAGCAGCUGUUUUCAAAUACGUGGAAGAGAACGAGAUCCUUUACACCAUGUGCUACAACCCAUCGUACUGCUGGAUUCUCUGUCUCUCACUGGGUCCCUUCUAUACACAAGGAAGCAAGCAACAGCAGCAAGUCCCCAAGACCAUUACCCAACUAUAUUCCUACUACAUUUACAACAUACUGAAAAACCAUGGCCGAGAGAUUGAAAACCCCCGCGAUGUGUUGCUGAAGAUUGGUGAGAUGGCAUUGAGAGGUGUCUUUGAGAAACAGAUUGUCUUCAGAAAUGAGGAUCUGAUCAAAUAUGAUCUUCAGCCUUCGCAGUUCCUGUCUGGCUUCAUGUUGGAAAUUUUUGAGAGGAGUGAUUCUGCCCGGAGUGUGGUCUACACAUUCCUCCAUCUCACCAUACAAGAGUUUGUCGCUGCACUCGCAAAGUUCCUGACUCCCGAUCUUGAGGACAUCCAGAAAUUGCUCAAUGAUGUUCACAGCAAGGAGGAUGGCAGAUUUGAGAUAUUUCUCCGUUUCAUUGCUGGUUUGUCCUCCCCACAGGUAGCUUGGCCCUUGGAGGAGCUGGUGGGUCCAUUUCUUCAUCAAACAGCCUGCCAAGUGAUUGACUGGGUGCAGCAGAAGGUUGAAAGCCAGGUCGGUAACACUGGAAGCAAAAGUGGGAAAAGGAAUCUUCUGAAUACUUUGUACUAUUUGUUUGAGUCCCAGAAUAAAGCCCUGGCACAGACUACAUUGGGGUCUGUGGAAAGACUUCAAUUUGGGGAUUCAGACUCACAGAAAGCCUUGCCACUGAGCCCAAUUGACUGCGCUGUCUUGUCUCACGCCAUUGGACUUUGUUAUACAAUAAAACAGCUCGAUCUGCGGAACUGUUUCAUUCAGUCUGAAGGACUUCAGAGGCUGGAACCUUCACUGCACAAAUGCCAAGUGUUGAGGUUGGAGGGAAAUGAUCUCGGUGACUCAGGAAUGCAUUUACUGUGCUUGGUCCUGAAGCACCCAAAGUGUCAAAUUGAGGCACUCGGGUUAGCUGACAAUGACCUCACAGCUUCUUCUAUUGAGGAUCUCAACUCUGUUCUCAGCAUAAACCGAUCACUGAAGGACCUGUACUUGGGUUAUAAUAAACUGGGAUCCUCUGGAGUUAAACACUUAUCUGUGGCACUGAAGAACUUGGACUGUGAAAUACAGAAACUGUCUCUGAAUGACAAUGAGCUCACAGAUUGUUGUGUCGAAGAUCUCACCUCUGCUCUGAAUACAAACAGCUCCCUCACAGCGCUGAACCUGAACAACAAUAAGCUUGGAGACUCAGGGGUAAUAUUGCUGUCUGAGAGUUUGAGAAAGCCAGACUGUAAAAUACAGGAGUUGAGAUUAGAUAAUAAUGCACUCACAGAUUCAUCUAUUGAGGCGCUCAGUUCUGCUCUCAGUACAAGCCAGUCACUGACAGUUUUGUCGCUGUGGUCGAACUCCCUAACUGACCAAUCCAUUCCUGCUGUCAGCCACCUCACACUGAACUGUAAGAGUCUGCAGCGUAUCUGGAUUGGAGAGAAUUCAUUUACUGCCAGUGGAAAGGAACAGCUGCACUUACUGCAGGAAUCCAGAGGUGGCUUCAGAGUGGAAAUGUGAUGAGUUUAUUAUUUGAGACAUAUUGCUAAUGGUUAAAGAUUUAAUGACCACAGCAGAAUUUUUUUUCUGACCGUAUGCAUACUGUUUGUGUCAUAGAACAUUGAACAGUACAGCACAGUACAGGCCCUUCGACCCUCGAUGUUGUGUUGGCCACAAUUCUGCAAGUUUUAGAAUACUCGUAGACAAAGAUGAGAGUGGUCCUAAGAGAAGAGUAUUAAACUGGGCCAAGGCCAAGAAUAUCAAAAUUCGGCAGGAGCUGGGAAAUGUGGAUUGGACACAGCAAUUUGAAGGGAAGUUUAUAUUUGAUAUGUGGGAGACUUUCAAAGAUAGUGCAGGAUAGGUAUGUCCCCUCGAAGGCAGAGGACAGGAAAGGCAAGAUUCAUGAACCGUGGAUGACAGAGGAAAUUGUACGACUAGCCAAGAGGAAAAGGGAAGCAUACAUAAGGUCUAGGCAGCUAAGAACAGAACGGGCCCUGGAGGAAUAUCAGGAGAGUAAGACCAGUCUUAAACGAGGAAUCAAGCAGGCUAAAAGGGGUCAUGAAAUAGCUUUAGUGAGCAGAAUUAAGGAGAAUCCCAAAGCUUUUUAUUCUUAUCUAAGAAGUAAGUGGGUAACUAGAGAAAGGAUUGGUCCACUAAAGGAUAAUGAAGGAAGGCUGUGUGUCAAACCUGAGAGAAUGGGUGAGAUUCUAAAUGAUUACUUUGCAUCAGUGUUCACUGAGGACAGGGACAUGAUCAAUGUUGAGAUUAGAGAUAGAAGUUUGAUUAGUCUGGAUCACGUUGGCAUAAGUAGGGAAGAUGUGUUGGGUAGGCUAGAGGUUAUUAAGGUGGACAAAUCCCUCGGACCGGCUGGGAUCUAUCCCAGGUUGCUGAGGGAGGCAAGAGAGGAAAUAGCUGGGGCCCUGACAGAUAUCUUUAAAUACAGGUGAGGUGCCGGAGGACUGGAAGGUUGCUCAUGUUGUCUCCCUGUACAAGAAGGGUAGUAGGGAUAUUCCGGGUAACUACAGACCAGUGAGCCUGGCUUUGGUGGUAGGGAAGUUGCUAGAGAGGGUACUGAGGGAUAGGAUCUAUUUAUAUUUUUAAAAGAAUGGGCUUAUCAGUGAUAGUCAACAUGGUUUUGUGCGGGGGAGAUCGUGCCUUUCCAACUUAAUAGAAUUUUUUGAGUCAGUGACCAAGUUGAUAGAUGAAGGAAGGGCUGUUGAUGUCAUGGACUUUAGUAAGGCAUUUGAUAAGGUUCCCCAUGGUAGACUAAUGAAGAAAGUAAAGUCACAUGGUGUGCAGGGUGUUCAAGCUAGGUGGGUAAAAAACUGGUUGAGCAACAGGAGACAGAGAGUAGUAGUUGAAGGGAGUUUCUCGAAAUGGAGAAAGGUGACCAGUGGGUGUUCCACAGGGAUCAGUGUUGGGGCCACUGUUGUUUGUAAUAUACAUAAAUGAUCUGGAAGAGGGAACUGUUGGUAUGAUCAGCAAGUUUGCAGAUGACACAAAUAUUGGUGGAGUAGCAGAAAGCAUAAGGGACUGUCAGAGAAUACAGGAGGAUAUAGUUAGACUAGAGAGUUGGGCAGAAAAGUGGCAGAUGGAUUUCAAUCCAGACAAAUGUGAGGUGAUGCAUUUUGGGAAGUCUAGCUCUAGAACGAAUUAUACAGUGAACAAAAGAGCCUGGGGAAAAGUUGAUGAGCAGAGAGAUCUGGGAGUGCAGUCCAUUGUGCCCUGAAUGUUGCUGCACAGGUGGAUAGAGUGGUCAAGAAGGCAUAUAUUAUGCUUGCCUUCAUUGGACGGGGUAUUGAGUAUUAGAGCUGGCAAGUCAUGUUAAGAUUGUACAAGACAUUGGUUCAGCCGCAUUUAGAAUACUGUGUACAGUUCUGGUCACCUCAUUACCAAAAGGAUGUGGACGCUUUGGAGAGGGUGCAGAGAAGGUUUACGAGCAUAUUGUCUCGUAUGGAAGUUGCUAGCUAUGAAGAGAGGUUGAGUCGGUUGGCAUUGUUUUCAUCAGAUAAAAGGAGAUUGAGGGGGGACCUGAUUGAGGUCUACAAAAUCAUGAAGGGUCUAGACAGGGUAGAUAGAGAUAAGCUUUUUCCCAGGGUGAGGGAUUCAAUAAUGAGAGGUCACGCUUUCAAGGUGAGAGGUGGAAAGUUUAAGGGGGAUACAUGUGGCAAGUAUUUCACACAGAGGGUAUUGCAUGUCUGGAACGCGUUGCCAGCAGAGGUAGUUUAGGCAGACACAGUAGAUUAAUUUAAGAUAUGUCUGGACAGAUGCAUGAGUAGGUGGGGAGCAGAGGGAUAUAGAUGCUUAGGAAUUGGGUGACAGGUUUAGACAGUAGAUUUGGAUCAGCUCAGGCUUGGAGGGCCGAAGGGCCUGUUCCUGGACUGUAAAUUUUCUUUGUUCUUUGUUUAUUUUAUCCUACUCUAAGAUCAAACUAACCUACUUUCUCUCAUCCAUGUGCCAAUCCAAGAGUUGCCUAAAUUUCCCUAAUAUACCUGACCCUGCUACCACUGUUGGCAGUGCAUUCUGCACAGCCACCACUCUCUAUGCAAAGAACCUACCUCAGACAUCUCCCCGAAACCUUCCUCUAAUCACCAUAAAAUUAUGCCACCUCAUGAUAGCCAUUUCCACCCUUGGAUAAAGUCUCUGACUAUCCAUUCUAUCUAUGCCUCUCAUCUUGUACACCUCUAUUAAGUCACCUCUCAUCCUUCUUCACUCCAAUGAGAAAAGCCCUCGUUCCCUUAACCUUUCUUCAUAAGACAUGCCCUCCAGUCCAGGCAGCAUCCUGGUAAAUCUCUGCAUCCUCUCUGAAGCUUCCACAUUCUUCCUAUAAUGCAGUGACCAGAACUGAACACAAUAUUCCAAGUGUGGCCUAACCAGGGCUUUAUAGAGCUGCAACAUUACCUCACCAGUCUUAAACUCAAUCACCCUGCUAAUGAAAGCCAACACACCAAAUGCCUUCUUAACAACUCUCUCAACUUGGGUGGCAACUUUGAGGAAUAUAUAGACAUAGGACUCCAAGAUCCCUCUGUUCCUCCACACUGCCAAGAAUCCUGCCUUUAACCCUGUAAUCUGCAUUCAGAUUCAACCUUCCAAAAUGAAUCACUUCACACUUUUCUAGUUGAACUUCACCUGCCACUUUCCAGCCCAGCUCUGCAUCUUGUCAAUGUCCCAUUGCAAUCUGCAGCAGCCCUCCACACUAUCCACAACUCCACCAACCUUUGUGUCAUCAGCAAACUUACUCACCCACCCUUCCACUUCCUCAUCCAAGUCAUUUAUUAAAAUCACAAAGAGCAGAGAUAUCCCAUGUCUCCUUACUUUCAGAAUGAGCCUACCAUGGGGAACUUAUCAAAUACCUUGCUAAAAUCCAUAUACACCAUAUCCACUGCUCCACCCUCAUCAAUGUGUUUUGUAACAUCCUCAAAGAAUUCAGUAAGGUUUGUGAGGCAUGACCUGCCCCACUAACAAAGUCAUGCUGACUAUCUUUUCCAAAUAAUCAUAAAUCAUGUCUCUCAGAAUCCUCUCCAAUAAUUUGCCCACCACCGACGUAAGACUGACUGGUCUAUAAUUCCUAGGACUACCCUUGUUCCCUUUCUUAAACAAAGGAAUAACUUCUGCCACUGUCCAAACAUUUGGUACUACUCCAGUGGACAGUGAGGAUGCAAACAUCAUCGCCAAAGGUGCAGCAAUCUCUUCCCUCACUUCCUGUAGUAACCUAGGAUAUUUCCCAAGCUGGCACAGGGACUUAUCUAUCCUCAUGUUUUUCAAAAUUUCCAGCGCCUUCACCUCCUUAACAACAGCCUGUUUGAGCAUGUCAGCCUGUUUCACGCUGUCCUCACAAAUCAAAGCCCCUCUCACUCGUCAGUACUGAAGCAAAGUAUUCACUAAGGACCUUCCCUACCUCCUCCGCCUCCAGACAGAAGUUCCCUCUCCUGGCCCUGAUUGGUCCUACCCUCACUCUGGUCAUCCUCUUGUUCCUCACAUAAGUGUAGAUUGCCUUGGGGCUUUCCUUAAUUCUCCCUGCUAAACCAUUUUCAUGCUCCUUUCUUGUUCCCCUAUGUCCAUUCUUCAGUUCCUUCCUGGCUGCCUUGUAACCCUCCGGAGCUGUGUCUGAUCCUUGCCUUCUCAACCUUAAGUGAGCUUCCUUCUUCCUCUUGACUAGAUAUUCCAGAUUUCUUGUCAUCCAAGGUUUGUUCACCCUACCACCCCUUCCUUGCCUCAUUUUGUCUGUUUUGGUAAUGCCAUUCUGCAUUGCAAUACAAGGUAAUGUGUGAAUGUCCAAGACAACAACAUUGAUAUACUUGAAGGAAAAGAAUUGUCUUCUGUCAGUGACCAUUCGUUACACAAACAUUACUGAUCUCAUUAAUGGCCAAUAUUGAGCCAAAUAUUUGUUUCAUUCUCUGAGCAUUAUUCAUAACAUACUUGAUUGUGGAUUGUUGUAUUAAUCUUAAAACAUUGUAACAUUGAGUCAUAAAAUCAUAGAGAUGUACAGCAUGGAAACAGACCCUUCGGUCCAACCCGUCCAUGCCGACCAGAUAUCACAACCCAAUCUAGUCACACCUGCCAGCACCUGGCCCAUAUCCCUCCAAACCCUUCCUAUUCAUAUACCCAUCCAAAUGCCUCUUAAAUGUUGCAAUUGUACCAGCCUCCACCACUUCCUCUGGCAGCUCAUUCCAUACACGUACCACCCUCUGCAUGAAAAGGUUUCCCCUUAGGUCUCUUUUAUAUAUUUCCUCUCUCAACCUAAACCUGUGCCCUCUAGUUCUGGACCCCCCGACCUCAGGUCUACUAUCCAUGCCCCUCAUAAUUUUGUAAACCUCCAUAAGGUCACCCCUCAGCCUCCGACACUCCAGGGAAAACAGCCCCAGCCUGUUCAACCUCUCUCUCUCGCUCAAAUCCUCCAACCCUGGCAACACCCUUGUAAACAUUGGCAUUACCAUAUGCAAAUAAAUACAUCAAAUGAUUGCUCUUAACCAAGCACUUUCGAAAAUGGAGGAAUUUUCACAGGAAGAACACUUUUGGUUUCAAUAUUGGCCAUUUAUUUAUUUCACUAUCCUAGCUCAUGACUGAUACCCAGUUCAAUAAAUGCAAAGAUUGCCUCUUUAUGUUUUCUGCAGGACUGCACAAACUAAUCAUCAGAAGAUCUCACUGAGCAUAAAUGUUUAUGAUCAAAAAGCAUGGUACUGGAAAAGCAGAGUAGGUCAGGCAGUAUCCGAGGAGCAGGAGAGUCGACAUUUCGGGCAUGAGCUCU